ACUUGUUUGAGAAGUAGCAAAAUGUGUUGCGGCACCAUCCUUUCUCAAACACUAUCACUGAUGCUUACCCUAGUUCGCUGGUGUAUUUCUCAUGUGAGAACGACAGUCAAUCGGCAUCUUUGGGGCAACGCCAAGCGGUUGCGUGGUGAGAGGAGAUUCCGGUCCCCUAGUCAUCGUUCAGUCGUAGGGUCAAAAGCUGUAUACAAAAAAGAACCAGGCUGUCCCUCGCCUCCUCGUAAAUGUUGCGCUCCAGCGGCGAGCAAGCACCGCCAGCAGGACGAGAACAGGAUGACGGAGCGGAUACGGAAAAAAAUUGCUUUUAUCGGGGCAGGCACAAUGGCUUUUGCCCUAGCCAAAGGUUUCACGUCGUCCAAGCGUGUGCUACCGUCGGAAAUCACUAUGCUUGUUCGGAACGAAGCCGCGAGGAACCAUGCCAUUGAAAAUGGAUACCUCGCGGUGCACACACUAGAAGAGCUAGACCCUAUGGACAUCAUCUUCAUAUCUGUAACUGCAACGGAAGCUCUAGACCUCGUGCGGAGCUUCGCACCGGUAAUCGAUGGAUCUCACCAUUUGAUCAUUUCAAUCAGCAUCGGCGUUUCCCUGUCAAAACUGGUGGAGACCGUUACAGAGGAAAAGGAAAAACAUGGACAGAAAGUUGAGGGAAAUCGCCGCAUUGCACGUCUCCUCCCCAAUGUCGCUUGCCAGUCCGGGCACGGAGUGAGUGUCUUCUGCCUUGGUCCCGACUGCUCCCACGACGAUGGCCAUACAAUCAUGAAUCUUUUAACUACUUGUGGCGUUUGUUACCGCAUCGAAGAGCGGUACAUGGAUGCCUCAGCAGCACUUGCGGGAUCGGGGCCAGCCUUCGUUUUUAUGCUUCUGGACGCCCUCAGUGACGCUGGAGUGAAAAACGGCCUUCCCAGAGUUGUCGCAUCGAGCCUGGCCAUCGACAUGGUAAAAGGAAGUGCCGGCUUCGCCAGAGCGAAGCAGUCGGUAAAGACUCUCGGAGAGCUGAAAGAGGAGACAAUCGUGCCUGGCGGAGCCACCAUUACUGGCCUCACAGAGCUCGAUCGUCACGGCUUUGUCAACUCUGUGAUCCAGGCAGUCGAGCAAUGCAUGAUACCGGCCGACCCCGACACUAACCUCCUCUAAUCGGUGGUCUAGGUUUCAUAUUCCGUCGCACAUUUUUCUGCUCAUAUUGAAAUUUUCCGAAAAGCUUCAACGCAGUGAGUGUGAGCGGAGCACUAGGGAUGUCUGUUUUCUAAGCGUCUUUUGCUGCGUGAG